GGAAUCUGCUUAUCAAGGUCACAGUUCGUCGCUAAUCGUCGCGGUCGCAGCCGAGUUGGUCCAAGGUCGCAGGCUCGGUUCGUUUUGACGACGACUCGGUGGCUCUAGACAGCUGUAGCGCAAUGGGAGACGAGGGGGAGCUUGAGUUUGAUUUUGGCAAGAAGAAGAAGCCGAAAAAGGAGAAGAAGGAGAAGAAGGAGAAAGCGGACGAGGACGAUCAAGAAGUCCAGCUGAUCAGCGUGGACUGGUCGAAAGGCCCGGAGUAUACCUAUCAGGAGAUGCUCACGCGGCUGUACGAGGUCGUCGAGAACAGGUGCCCGACGUUGGGCGUAGCGAAGAAGCACGUGUUGAAGCCUCCGCAGGUGGUGCGUGUUGGCUCCAAGAGGGUGGCUUGGGUAAACUUUGCUGAGAUUUGUCAGAUGAUCAAGCGGCCAUCUGAUCAUGUGGUGUCGUUCGUGCUCGCGGAAUUUGGCACGGAGGGCUCAGUGGCGGGGUCGGCGACUGCGCGCGCGGAGGGAGCCGGCGCUGACGGUCAGUUGAUUUUGAAGGGCCGGUACUUGCCGAAGCACCUGGAGAGCGUGUUGCGAAAGUACAUCAAGGACUAUGUGACCUGCCACAUGUGCAAGGGUGCUGACACCGAGCUGGGCAAGGACUCCUCGACGCGGCUGUGGACCGUGAAGUGCAACGUCUGCGGCGCAGACCGAACGACAACGUCAAUCAAAUCUGGUUAUCACGCCGUGACGAAGAGCGACCGCAAGGCAGCCAAGCAGGCCAAGGCUUGACCGACCAAUGGCCGACUGUAGACAUGACGACCUGCGCAAGGCUGCCGAGCUGUCCCUGCCUAUUCCGUGAGCCUCGGAGUUCAGCGUGUUGUUAGACCGUAUCCAUUUCUCUUCUCCCUCAUUUCGCUAUUCUUGGAACCCUUGCGGGUCCUGGCCGAGCGAGAGAGAGAGGCAUACCGUAAGUAUACGCAUCGAGUCUGGCAAAACGUGUUGCAACCGUCACUGGGAAGCGGGUUCGCGUGGGGCCCAGCCUUCCUUGCCUCCCUCCAUCCUGCCCCGCCCCGCCGUCCCUCUUUCU